ACCAAACACCCUUAAACAUCUCUCAGAUAUCUCUAUAGAGAGAGAGAGAGAGAGAGAGAGAGAGAAGAAGGAGAAGAAGAAGGAGGAGGAGAAGAAGAAGCAGCCAUGGAUGGAAUGGACAUGACACCGCCACCACCACCACCAUCAUCAUCAUCAUCCAUGAGCAACCAUAGCAUGCAUAAUGAUCACAAUAUGAUGAUGCACAUGACCUUCUUCUGGGGCUCAAACUCCGAGAUUCUCUUCUCCGGUUGGCCCGGCACGAGAACCGGCAUGUACGUGCUGGCUCUCAUCUUCGUCUUCGUUCUCGCCGUCCUCGUCGAGUGGCUCUCCCACUGCCGGUUCAUCAAGCCGGCGGCCGGUUCGGCCUCCCGGGUCAGGGCCGGUCUGCUCCAGACCCUCCUGCACGCCCUCAGGCUCGGCUUGGCUUAUUUGGUCAUGUUGGCCGUCAUGUCGUUCAACGCCGGCGUUUUCUUGGUCGUCGUCGCCGGCCACGCCGUCGGGUUCUUGGUCUUCGGAAGCGCAGUUUUCAAGAGAGGGGACGGGGACAAAGUGGGCACUGAUCUUCCGCCGAUGAGUACUUGUUGA